AUGACGACGGUGCGAAUUCGCAGAUCAGCAUCCUCUUUAGGGGAGCCAGGCACUCCGGAUCUAUAUGGCGUUCAGAGAAUCAAUGAGCGACACAAUACGACACCGUCAUGGCUGCGCGCGCCUGCGGGCGAGGCCUGUAGGCCACUAUCGAUUAGCAGCGUAGAUCGCCCGAAAGCCCAACUUUGUUCCCGUCGUCGACAUGCAUUAACCGGAGAUGAGCUCACGUUCGUCCCGCCACGGUGCAUGGGGUACGGCGAGGGUGCGGCAGCGAUCACAGAACCAGAAGCACAUUACGGAGCGAGAGUCACCGCUUGGAGGCGGACCAAUGUGACCGACGAGGUUAGUGCACCCUCGAAGUCUUCCGCACCCUCCGCAUGGAGUCCGGAGGUGUUCGUUGACGUGCGCAUACACGAAAGCGGUGUCCUCCGUGGCUUCCUGACGGUUCGGGCUGCAGCAUGUCUGUAUUGCCUCCCGCGACGUUCGGUGACUGCCAGAGAGACGCGUCGAGACAGGCGGGCGAAGGAGGAAGAUCUAGGAAGAUACAUAGCCGAGAACGCGCAAACAACGCGCCCUGUGAAAACGUACCUGCCAAACCUGGUAGGACACAUGACCGGUCUGUGA